AUGACCCAUGGCCCAUCUGUUCGAAAUAGCAUCAUCGGAGGGCUAAUUAUACACACAUUCUCUUUUUUGGCCCCAUCUCAGCCCAGUGACAGCCCAGGCCAGUUCCAGCUCUCCUCUCUUCCCCGAACCUGCUCAUGCUCAUCCCCGCUAUGCAUGCCAUGCUCGGUUCAUCCAUCGUAUCGUGGACAUGGCAUACCGCAUGGCAUGGCAUGGCCAUCAUCGAGAUGA